AUGGCGUAUAUCGAUAAAAGUAAGUGGGAUUAUUGAUUUUUCCGAAUAAAGCGUGUAAAAUAAUUAAUUUCAGGUGGAAAUUUGUGCGAGGGGAGCAAACAAAAAGGGAUCAUCGAGCUGAUUUUGUCAUUUUUCGCGUGUAUUUGGUUAUUGUAAGUGAAUUUUUGGUAUUGAAAAUGUCGAAAAAUUCCGCAUUUCAGCUUCUCCUCAAUGUUCGGCGGCUCCUCGAAUCAAUAUCGUCCAACUAAUCAAGACUAUCGACAAGUUGUGCGUGGAAACGGGAAUGCGGGAGGAGAUGGGAGUACGAAUUAUCGUCCGGGAGGAAUUGGUGGGGGAGGUGAUGGGAUGCGGAGAAACAUCGGACGAUUGGCACCAGUUUCCGGAACUGCUCCGCCACCAAUGGGUGGUGGAUGUUGUGGGGGCGGCGGGUGCGGCUAA